UCAUUUUAAAUCAAAAACUAAAAAUACCUCAAAAGUUCUCUCUCUCUCUCUCUCUCACUCUGUCUCUGCAGGACCUUCCAUCUCUAUUGUUUUUGUUGUCGCUCUCUCGAGGUGAGAGCUGUUCGUAGUUGGAAUCUUUCUGUUCGUUUCCCGAGAAAGCUGAAAGCUUAUAGAGAAGGGAAAACGAGAAAAGAUAUACUAUUGAGUACUCCAGUUUUUAUAAGUCUUGGAAUUUGUUCUUGACGCACAAGUGGGAAAUGGUUAACAGGUAUGGAGUGUUUUGAUUUGUAUAGAAUAUCAUGUUGCAGUGCAUAGAGGGAUUCGUUUCUUCCCUACUACGAUGUUUUGAUCUUGAUUUAUACAAACAAUCAAGAGGCCUUGAAGACCCUGAACGUCUUGCCCGGGAGACUGUGUUCAGUGUGAGUGAAAUAGAGGCACUGUAUGAGCUUUUUAAGAAGAUCAGCAGCGCCGUGAUUGAUGACGGCCUGAUCAACAAGGAGGAGUUUCAAUUAGCAUUGUUCAAGACAAACAAAAAGGAGAGCUUAUUUGCUGAUCGGGUCUUUGAUUUGUUUGAUACAAAACACAAUGGGAUCCUAGGAUUCGAAGAGUUUGCUCGUGCCCUCUCUGUUUUUCAUCCAAAUGCGCCAAUUGAAGAUAAGAUUGAAUUUUCUUUUCAACUGUAUGAUCUCAAACAGCAAGGUUUCAUUGAAAGACAGGAGGUGAAACAAAUGGUUGUUGCUACUCUAGCUGAAUCUGGUAUGAACCUUUCAGAUGACGUUAUUGAGAGUAUAAUUGACAAGACCUUUGAGGAAGCUGAUACAAAGCAUGAUGGCAAGAUUGACAAGGAAGAGUGGAGAAACCUUGUUCUCCGCCAUCCAUCUCUUCUGAAAAAUAUGACUCUUCAGUAUCUCAAGGAUAUUACCACUACAUUCCCAAGCUUUGUGUUCCACUCGCAAGUUGAUGACAUGUAAACUUGAGAUUUGGCUUCCAGUUCAAUAAAAUUUGUUAAUCGUGGCUUGUUUCUUCAUGGACAAAAAUGGCCCUCAUACAUUUAAAGGGCAAGAGAGUGAGAGUUUCUGCAUUGUAUUGGUUGUUCAUUUGGAAGUUCUUGGUUGUGUAUAUUUUUAUUCAAUGACUGACCUUUCCUUAUUUUCA